AAUGUCUCUUAUCUUGCUAGAUGGCUGCCCUCCCCAUCUAAAUUUCUCUUAGCCACUUGAUCCACCUCCCAUAGGAUCUAUAUAAACACAUUUGAGUUGGUAUUCACCACCACACUCAAGCAAUUGCAUCACACAAACCAUAGUUUCUACACUCCCAAAUUGUUUCUAUAGCUUCUUUAAUUAGCACUUCCUAUACCUUCCAAAAAAAACAUUUGAAUAUGGCAAUCGGUAUGGGGCAUAUUUUCCGUGCUAAGCAAGGCCUUAGAAGAUCUUCUUCAAGAACAAACAAAGAAAGUGAAGUUCCUAAGGGGCAUUUUGCUGUUUAUGUUGGGGAGAGUGAAAAGAAGCGCUUUGUCAUUCCAGUUUCGUACUUGAAGGACCCUUCAUUCCAAGACUUGCUAGGUCAAGCUGAGGAAGAAUUCGGAUUUGAUCAUCCAAUGGGUGGACUUACAAUACCUUGUCCGGAGGAUACCUUCCUUGACAUCAUCUCUAGUUCAAGUACAUCUUGAGAAACAACAAAGAACAUAGUUUAGCGGAGAAAAAUUUUGCAUAGACAGUAUUCUUGUACAGUUUUUUGCCCCCAUUUUCAGCUGUCUCAUUAUCAGCAUGAAAACUGUAAAUUUCACUGAUUAUAUUAAGGCCUAUUGUUCACUAAAUUUCUGUAUAUCUGUGGACUUGGGUAGUUACAUUAUUGUUAUGUUGUUAAGAGAAAUUGAUGACUUGCUGGAAAGCAUUUUUUUAUUCU